AUGGGGUACAACAAAAGCUGGAUCUUGAGGAAUGAAAGCGAGCAUGCCCCGUACCAGGCUGUCACCAGAGCUCUGGAGAUGAGGAACACCUCGGCUGGGCAGAUAGUGUGGCAGGGUGGGAACGGCAGCGAGGCUGGCACCGCGGAGAGCGAGGAGCACGGCGAAGAGCAGACCUACAGGCAUUUCACUACCACUGUGCAAAUUGUCAUCUUCGUAGGGUCUUUGCUGGGUAACAUCAUGGUGCUGUGGUCAACUUGCAGAACAUCGGUACUUAAAUCUGUAACAAACCGAUUCAUUAAGAAUUUGGCCUGCUCGGGGAUCUGUGCCAGCCUAGUCUGUGUGCCUUUUGACAUUGCUCUUAGUGCCAGUCCACACUGCUGCUGGUGGAUCUAUACGAUGCUCUUCUGCAGAAUUGCCAAAUUUCUGCACAAAGUCUUCUGCUCAGUGACCAUCCUUAGUUUUCCAGCCAUUGCUCUUGACAGGUACUACUCUGUUUUAUACCCUUUGGAAAGAAAAAUAUCUGAUGCAAAAUCCCGAGACCUGGUUAUCUAUAUCUGGGCCCAUGCAAUAGUGGCCAGCAUUCCAGUAUUUGCUGUGACCAAUGUGUCUGAUAUUUAUGCCAUGUCCACCUGUUCUGAAUCUUGGAGUUACUCCCUUGGCCACCUGAUAUACGUCAUCAUCUAUAACAUCACCACUGUGAUUGUACCAGUGGCUGUGGUAUUUCUCUUUAUGAUUCUUAUUCGCAGGGCACUGAGUGCCAGCCAGAAGAAAAAAGUCAUCAUAGCUGCCUUAAGGACCCCUCAGAAUACAAUUUCCAUCCCUUAUGCCUCCCAGCGGGAAGCUGAGCUCCAUGCCAUGCUGCUUUCCAUGGUUAUGAUAUUUAUUUUCUGCAGCGUCCCCUAUGUGACUUUGGUGAUUUACCGCACCAUACUCAAUAUUUCAGAUAUUUCAGUCUUCUUGCUUCUCACUGCCAUUUGGUUGCCCAAGGUCUCUUUGCUGGCCAAUCCUUUGUUGUUUUUAACUGUUAACAAAUCUGUACGGAAGUGCUUAGUGGGGACAAUAGUACAGCUGCACCGAAGGUAUAGCAGGAGAAACAUUGUGAGCUCGGGAGGUGUUGCAGAUGCUAAUCUGGAGCCCAGUGUCCGCUCGGGGAGCCAGCUUCUGGAGAUGUUUCAUAUCGGGCAACAACAAAUCUUCAAGCCAACGGAAGAUGAGGAGAAUGAGACCAAAUCCAUUGGCUCUGGUGACUUUCAGCAGAAAGAAAUUCCUACCACCAGUUUAGAGGUAGGAGAGACUUUGGUUCACAAAUUUAUACCACAGACGAUUGCAGACUCUGCAGCUCAGGUGGCGCCAGCUGUGCCCACAGAAGCUGAUACGGUAAAUGACAAGUAUUCCAUGCAGUUUGGUUUUGGACCCUUUGAGCUGCCUCCACAGUGGCUCUCAGAAAACCGAAACAGUAAGAAGCGACUCCUGCCUCCUUUGGGGAAUACCCCUGAAGAGCUAAUCCAGACGAAACAGCCUAAGGGUAAAGCAGAAAGAAAAAUCAGCAGAAACAAUAAAGUCAGUAUUUUUCCCAAGGUGGAUUCUUAGUAAGAGCAGGAGCUUUAAGUGACAGAGGAAGGUCACCUUCUAUUAUAUGUG